UCAGAGUGCCUCUGGACCCAUGAGGGGGACAGAGGCACUUUGGAGAAGGGAUGGGGGCGGGGAUUUGAUUCAGUUUGCAUUGAAAGUCAAAGUUAUCUAAUUUGCCCUUUCCAAAACAUGUGAACCAAACACAGGCAAGCCUUCAAAAUUCACACUCCUCUGAAUGUAUACAAAAUUGCAUAUUGUACUGCAAAGUGUGUAGAUAAAUGCAGGCAUUUGGGGAAAUCAGAUAUAAAAAUGCAUUACGUUAGGCAAAACCUUUUUUUUUUUGCAAAAAAUGUGUACAUCAGGCAAAAUUGCAUACAAAAAUGUGUAUAUUAGGAUAAAUUUGCACUUAAAUUCUAACAAAUCUUCAUGAGAACUUUAAUAAUAAUAAACAUUAUAAUAAACAUAAUAAAAACAAACAUCAACAACAACUGUUGUAAACUAAGAGACUGACAGAUUCACCCAUCCCUACUCUGAAUAGCUAAAGAUGGCAGCUGCGACUGUUUAGAGCUUUGCUCCAUUUGCAGAAGUGAGCCUGCUGUAGAAAAUGCAUGGAGGGGACUUGAAGGCUACUUUGGCACUGUUGCUUGGGAAAGUGAAGGGGCUGCAAGGUCCUGCACCUGUGCCUGGUGGUUUGGCCUUAGUGGCUGUACUGGAGAAAGUGUCCCCAUCAUGCCUCUGGAGUGAGGAACCUUUGCCCCUCUGGAAGUUCCUGAACUACUGCUCCAUGGAUUAUGCUUGCUAAGGCUGAUGGGAGUUGUAUGUGAAGGGCCAAAGGUUUCCUACACCUGCUCUGAGUGUAUCACUCCAAAACUGGAAGCUGCCUGAUCAGGACCAUGUUUUGGCUUUCGAGUUAAGGGGACCCACAGAGUACGGCUUGUCCAUGGGCCCUUAAAAAUCUGGAGCUGGCAUGGAUGUUGCACCCUCCCCCAUUUCUUUCCUGGAACAAUUGCAUCUCAUUCUAUUUUCAUGCUAUAUACUCAGCUCCUGAUCAGCCUGCCCUCCCCCUAUAAUUACUCACAGUGAAGACUGCCAGACUCGGUAGAAAACUAGAGUUAGCACCUUUUGUAGAGGCAGCCUCUGUGUCUUUAACAAGCCACAUGACAGGCAAGAAUACAACAAGCGAUGAUUUUUGACAGCACACUGCUGGGGAACGCUGCCUCUGUUCCGUUUCUGCCUGUCAUACAUAUGUUGAAUGUGUUAAACUCUUUGCAUGGCAGAAAAGAUGGCAACCCAUAUAGGAGAUGGAUCUCUGUGACUACAAACCUCCCACACAAGGGGUUGAUGCAUGUCUUGGGGCACGAAAUACCUGCCACCAACAAAGCGUCCUUCUCCCAGGGACUUCAAGUUACAUCAUGUGAUUGUUUGUUUCAGUGCAACUUUAGUAUUUGUUUUGAUGUGACUGGAAAUACGGCCUUUUCUGCUUUAGUUCUCGGUUGUCAGCAGAGAGAGCCUGUGACGGUGCUGAAAUUCAGCUGGAUUUUGGCCAGGGAUUUGGGAUUAUUACUUGACAGAACUCCUUCCUAAUUGGUUCCAGGACUUACUGGCAUCCAUUAGCAGAUUUCCUAGAGAGUGACAACUCAGCCAUAGUUCAAUCUUUAGUUUCAGCAGAAACUGGUUCAUUUCCUAGUUUCUUCCACAUUCCACUCAGCUCUAAACCACAGAUGGUGCUUAUUUACCCUAAGAGCCCAGGAAUUAAGGCACUGUACCUCAUUUCUCAAGGACAUAAUCCAGAUUCCACCCAACAGUGGUGGCUGCUGCCCACUGGAGCUGGUUGCGCAGAAGGCAAGGAGGCCAACAGCAGGUGGCGGCAGAGCCAGCAACAAGCAGAGCGAAAUGAUUCUAGCUUUGCUGAAUUUAGAUAAAAACUAAAGAGGAGGAAGCUGACAGUCAGGACCAACAUCUGGGGUUGUUGUAUAUAGGCAGGCAGGCAGCAGGGAACUGGCUGAGGGGAGGAUGAGGUUGGUGAGGCAGUACGUCAUUUGCCCUACACUGCUGCCGGUCUUCUGUGUAUGGUGAUACUUCCGCAAUGUGUUGUUGUUCUCCUUCCUUCUGUAACGUCAUCAAAGUGAUGUCACCACCUAUGACCUCAAGAGGCUUAAACUGGAAGUCCUCAAUGGAAUCUGCCAAUGAGCUUUUGACAUCCAUUGUGAUGCUGUUGCUUAAGCAGCCAUCAAAUUCUGCUAGGCUGAUGACCAAGGCUCAUUCUAUCCCUUGAGUGGGUCAGAGUUGCAGGGCUGGUGAUUUAUUGGUACCACGAGCUUCAUAGACAGAGAAACACAAGAGUUAGGACCUGGUUUUGGAGGUUUGUGUACUGAGUUAGUGAAGCUCAAGAAACCCAGCUGACACUGACUUUCUGGGGACCCCAUGCAGAUCAAGCAAAAUAUUUGUUUUGAAGCUGCAGGGCAUGGAAUAUCUCCACUGGAGGCCAGGCAGUCCUAAGGACUUUUGAGUUAUGAGUUCAUCAGUGAGGACUUACAUUUCUGGAACUAGGAGAUCUAAAGCUGUCUCUGUGAUUUGCUCCUGGAAAGAAAGCUGCUACUUGGGAAGCACAGACUGAUCUGACAUUCUAGCUCAUUUCCAAAGCUAAGUAUCCUUUCUCUAUGUAAGAUUCUUGUAUCUCAAGAAAAGCCAGGUCUACAAAAUGUAAGGAAUCUGGUUUAGUGGUGAAUAAAGUCAAGCUGGGUAGUACUAUUGGUUUUUUGAAAACCACAUGGUAGAGGAAACCCGGGUUAAGAGCUUCCUUUGAAAGAAGCGAAAGCUGGGGUCCAACCUGUUGAAAAAACAAGUUUCUGCGUUUCAGAAAACCUGCAGCCACCAGUUGAGAUUUUUUUUCCCCCUUUUCUGGGACCAGGAAAUCAAGACUAUUCAUUUUACUGGAGAGCAUAAAACAAGACAACUCUACUUCUGAAUUCUCUGAAGUCACAAAUAAGAGAGGCUGAAAAAUAAAAUAAAUCAGCUGGUGGAGAGGAUUUUAGAAGGUCACGAGCAUCUUCAUUUCUGUUACUUAGGAAAGAACUUUUUCUCAAGCAGCAAGUGAUGAAGCAUCUAAUGCACAUGGGCCUUUUAUAUCUUCUGGUCUGUGUGCUGCCCUCUGUAUUUUCCAAAGAAUGCUACUUUUGUGACAUCACUGCCUCGACCAAAUGCCCAGCCACCAAGAUGAGUUGUGCCGAAGAUGAAGACUGCUUUGUGGGUCAAGGAGCUGCUUUGGGUGUAUCGCUGAUCCAAAACAAGGGUUGCACUCGCUCCAUCAACUGUGGCAAAGAGCAACCUGUCGCCCACAUGGGGGUAACCUACAGUUUAGUCACCAACUGCUGCCAGGGGAAUUUGUGCAAUGCAGCCCAGUUCCUGAAAGGCCCCCCUCUCUUCCUCCACCUUGCCCUCCCCAGCAUUCUUGUGCUGGGUCUCCUCUGACUUUGCAAGCAAUAAAAUCCUUCACACGCUUUUGAAUGUGGAGUCCUCCUUGUUGCCUGUGGUAUGGUGGUGCGUCCCAACCCAGAAACGACUGCAUCUAGGCAGUUGUGUGAAAAAUAACGGCAUAUCUCACACUGCUCCCUUACGCGAAUAAUUCAGCAGCACUAUUGGGAUGCCGAAAAGAGUUACCCGAGGAUUCUCUAGCACAGGACAAUCCAUCCUGAACGUGUAGAUACCGUGUUUCUCAUAUUAUAAGACAUGUCUUAUAUUUAUUUUUUCCUCAAAAAAACACACUAUGGCUUAUUUUCAAGGGAUGUCUUAUUUUUUUCCUCCUCCUCCUGCCGCAGCCGGCAUUGCUGCUGCGCCUAUCACUAUGUCUUAUUUUCGGGGUAUGGCUUAUAUUCAUUGAAUGCUUAAAAAUCCUGCUAUGGCUUAUUUUAUGGGUAUGUCUUAAAAUAUGAGAAACAGGGUACCAUGUUUAUGGCUCGGUCCUCUGUGUCCAUUAAGACAUCACAGUUUGUUCCCUGUGGUGGCUGCAGCAGAUUGCUGUGUGGAACGAUGCCACCUCUGCAGUCUCCCAAGUUCAGGCACAAUUUCUCCUCGUCGCUUUUUGAUGGCAAUGAAUCACGCAGCCUGCAACAAUCCUAAUUCUCUGCCUCCCAGAGUUUGCCUUGGUGGGUUUAUCCUCUGCCCUACCAGCUGCACGCUUCUUCCUCCCUGGGUUCAGUUCUGCACUCUGAACCUCUUUGUAUGCAGCCUUCCGUGAGGGUCUGAUUGAGCGUCUGCACAUCUCACGAGAAGGAGGAAGUCCCUUGCUUUUUAGAAUACAUGGGAUUGGAGUACCGCAUGGGGCAGGGUCUCUCAGAGACAUAUAUGUGUGCAACUCUAAUUCUUAUGUGAGCAGAUGGCAAGACAACAGUGAAAAGCUUGCCGUUUCCCAAAAAUAAAAAUACAAAAACAACAAUACGAAAACAAAGCAAAACAAAUUGACUUCCCUCUAGUCCAGGCAUCCCCAAACUGCGGCCCUCCAGAUGUUUUGGGCUACAACUCCCAUGAUCCCUAGCUAACAGGACCAGUGGUCGGGGAAGAUGGGAAUUGCAGUCCAAAACAUCUGGACGGCCAAAGUUUGGGGAUGCCUGAACUAGUCCCUUCCCUGGUUCCAUUAUUUGUCAACAUGCUGCAUGUCCAUUACUGUAUUAUAACAUAUUUAAAUCACUAUUAUCCAUUCAUUGUAAAAUUACAAGUACUUUAAAAACCCUGCUAAUGUAUUAACGGGUUUACAAUGCUUCUGUAUAUAUCCAAUAAACUAAAGAAGAUUGGCAAGUUAAAUUAAUGGAAUAUGCUGAAAUGGCAAAACGGACAAUGACAUUAAGAAGCAGAGACGGCAAUGAAUUGAAAAGUUUGCCUUAUAAACACGUCCAGCCCAUUGGUUCACCCAGCUCAGCUGCUUUACAGCAUUUCAAGCACAAGACUUUUCUAUCACUUGCUACCUCAUUCUUCAAACAGAUAUACUGAAGCUGGCCAAACAGGACUUCUGCUUGCUGUUUCUGAUAAAUUGAAUGUUCUCGUCCAAAAAUUUUACCUGUGCUGAAGGAAAUUUCCUUCAAUCUCUGGGCACAACUGGAUUAUACUAAGAAAACACAAAACACACAACUGCAUUUUACGUUGGCCCCUGUAACACACAUGGGUCCACUCCACAUGAACACCUCAGAAUUGAGGAUAAAGUUUUGGGUGCGCAUCAGGGAGCACUGCACACAAUACACCCUUUGGAAAAUUACUUGAGAUGCGAAUAUAAGUGUGAAAGGCCAGGAUCAAGUUACACAGAAAAGGUGCAGAGUCCCCACCCCAUUUCAUGGGCAGUUUAACAAUGAGUUGGAUAAACAAUGAGAUGCCUGGUUGGUUUUUAGUUAAUCCUCCCUAAGGACCAAAGAAGAGCCUUCCCGGAUCAGACGAAAGGUGUGUCUGAUCUCACAUCCCUUUUCCCACAGUGGCAAGUCAAACCCUUCUGGGAAGCCUGGCAACACAGUAUGAAGGCUACAGACCUCACCUGUUUCCCCGCAAACAGAUUGAAAGGCAUACUUCCUCUGAACAUGGAGGUUCUAUUCAGCUAUGACUGCUAAUAAUUUUGGUAGACUUUUUCUCCAUGAACUUAUCAAAUGCAGGGUGGCGAAGCAGUGACCUUCCAAACUGUUGCUGGUCCACAAUUCCUGGAUUUUUUGGGUGGCCACAGUGAGAACUGGAUGCUGGACCAGAUGGGCCAUUGGCCCAUUGGCUCUUUCUAUGUUCCCAUCAUCCUGGACCAUUGGCCAUUUGGGCUGAGGCUGAUGGGACUUUGAGUCCAACAAUAUCUGGAGGGCCACAGGGCUGUGCUUUGUUUUAAAGCCAUCUGAGCUAAUAGCCAUCACUGAAUGGCACUGAAUUCUACAAAUUAAUUGUGCAUUGGGUGAAGACAUACUUUUCAUGUCCCGUUGCAGUUUUAUUAUAUAUACGGUAUAUUGGAGAGCUUUCAAUUCUGAGGUUGCUGGUACAGGCCAGAAACUGUUUUCUCACGUUAUAGAGUGGUGUCAGGGGAGGUGCUAGCAUCUUCCUAUCCCUUGCAAGUGUUCUGGGCCUAGAUACAAAAGACCUUUCGCUUCAUAAAUUUGCUACAGGGCGAUGACAGGCAUGUGCAAAGUCAAGCACCUCUUGAAUCCAGUCAGCUAUCGGGCAACUUUUGCCAACAUCCCGGUACUACACAUUCCCAGGUGGCUGCAUGGAACACAGUAAAAUAAUUGGCCUGUGUACUUUCUACAGGGUUUUUAAGCAUGCUACAGUAUCAAACAGCCCUGCCCCAUUGAUCUGUUUGCCCCACAUAUAAAAGUGGCCAACAUCCAGAUUAUCUUCACUACAAACUUCAACUGGCUGAACAGUCAUUAGUUCUCCUUGAGGAACUGUAAGGCAUUGGGGUGGAGAUUUUCGGCACCUUCAAACUACAAUACCCGGAAUUCUGUGGGGCAAGCUAUGAGAGUUAAACUGGCAUGAAACUGAGAAAUCCUGAGAUGUAGAUUUGCCCUUAGGGCACCUCUAGUUUGGUCACAUGUCACCAAAAAAAGAGAAAAUGCAACACUAAAAAAGAAAGCAUAUCAUAUGCAAAUGUAUAAAUUUAGAUGCAAAUUUAGAAAUAAUUACCAUAAUUAAGACAAAAAUACAGUGGUACCUUGGUUUACGAACUCAAUCUGUUCUGAAGUCCAUUCUUAAACCAAAGCAUUCUUAAACCAAGGUGUGUUUUCCCAUAGCAGCGGGGUACUAUGGAACACUCUCAAAAGGAAGCAGAACACGUUCUGCUUUCAAUCUGCUUUCAAGUUCACAAACUAAAACACCUACUUCCGGGUUUGCAGCAUUCUUAAUCCAAGUUGUUCAUAAACUACCGUAAGCUGUUCUUAAACCAAGGUACCACUGUACAACACAUCUCCUUGUAGUAGGGACUGAGCAGGGUUGCUAACUGUGGAUGAAAAACUCCAAGGCCCCUCAUGCUCUCCCUUCUUAUGGUUCUUUCUUCUUAAACCAGACUUGCAUCAGACAGCAUUUCAAGCAGGGGACUCUCCUCUGUACACAGCAGGGCACAGAGCCACCCUAGCUUCCAGACUGAACUCAAGUAGCCCCAGGGGUCUGUCCAAGCCGCAAGUCUCUUGUGCUGAGGUCUGGCUUUCCUGGCCCAUUCCCCUUUCUACCUGCCCUCUUGAUUUGCCCAGAGGCAUUCAUUUUAGUUGCAGUAGAGUCAUACCUCGGGUUGCAUUCGCUGCGGGUUGCGUACUUUCAAGUUAAGUGUUUACUUCUGGGUUCCGCCGUGCGCACAUACGCAGAAGCGCUCUAUCAGUGCUUCGCACAUGCGCUAAAGCGCUGCUCAGGUUGAGUACUUUUUGGGGUGCGAACGGCACCCCGGAACAGAUUGUGUACUCAACCCGAGGUACCACUGUACAUACAGAAGCAACCCUCUUGCCAAUAGAUUGCAGGUAAGGCCAAGCAUUCAGUGCACGCACUGAGGCCAGAAAAUCAUGUUGCUAGCCCAUAGCUCAGACAGCCAGAGCGUGUUUUUCUCCCUCUCAAAGACAGCCUAAAUUACCAUAUAUAAAUUAGCACACGCAAAUUUGCAUCAGAGACCUGUUUCCCAGGUCUUUCAAGGACCUAGAAAUGUCACUGUUGAGCUCCACAUGAAUACAAAGUAAGCAUGGCUUGUCCAUUAUUGUGUCAUUGGAAUCUUGGCUUUUUGGAUUUUCUUAUACUGUAUUCAUGAUUCCACACAAAGAGAAGGUAGUUGCCCAAAAUGUACAUGAUCAGUGUUUGAAACUCCCGUUCUAGGCGCAUUUUGUGACAGGGAAUUACAUUAGCGUGAGCAAUUUCUGCACCUAAGAUUUCAAAUUAAAACUGCCAAGUGGAAGGAAAGGAGAACCUUUUUCUGCCUCUCCACUUCCAGCUACUCUCUAAAGACUGGAGAAAAGACCCUCUUAAGAAUAUUAGAGGGGUGGGCAGGGGAAGGACUGGAGCAUGUGAAAAAUGAACAUAUUUUAGCUGUUCAUUCAUUUUCAGCUUAGUAUUCUUGUUAUAAAAAGGGGCUCCUAGACAUUCCAUUGUUGUGCCCAUAACCUAGUUUUAAGGGGCCAUUUAGCUCCAAGCUUUCAUAUCUCAGUUUCUAACACUGCACAUGAUCCAUGGCUAAAACCCCUUUCCCAUCUCUCCCCCCCCACCCCCAAACUCCUUUCUUCUCAACAGCUU